AUGCGUGUCGAAACGUGCCAUAUAUGUUCGAAGCCGGUUUACCCCAGCAAGGGUAUUACCUUCUGCCGUCUCGAUGCAAAACAGUUCAGAUUUUGCUCUUCAAAAUGCCACAAGAACUUUAAGAUGAAGAGACAACCCCGCAAGUUGAAGUGGACCAAGGCUCACCGUGCGGCGCACGGCAAGGAGAUGAUCGUCGACUCGUCUCUGCUGCUGUCACAGUUCGCCAAGAGGAGGAACGUCCCCGUCAGAUACGACAGAAACCUCGUUGCUGCCACUGUCAAGGCUAUGGAGAGAGUGGAAGAGAUCAGACAACGCAGAGAGCACGUGUUCACAAAGAGGAGAUUGGCAGGCAAGCUGGCUCGGGACCGCAAGCGGGAAGAAGACAGGAAAGUCGUUGCAGAGGGCGAGCAUCUCAUCCGGAAGGAGCUGCGCGACAGAGAAGAGGGCCAGCCUCUUGCGGCGGAUUCUGCCAAGGUUGCAUCCAGAGUCCACGGCGAGGAGAGGCUCAGACAGAAGAAGAAGACCAGGAUGCUGGUGGAUGGUGGUAUCGAGGAGGAAAUGGACGUCGACUAA